AUGAGGCGCAUCGUGAGAUGGCUCAAGCAGCUACUGACGGGCAGAAAGGAAGAGCACAGAGGACUCCAGGCGAACCAUGUCGGUACCGACUGGGGCGACGGGCCGGAGAAGGAGAAGAAGAGGUGGAGCUUCGCAAAGCAGAGGAAGAGCGAAGCUGACGGCGGCGCGCGGUCGUCGGGUCUGGACGCCGUCGCUCCUCCUGCCGCGGUGGAAUGGUCGCAACUGGUGAUGAGGCCAAGGGAGGAUGCGAGAGCUCGAGAGCACCGUGCCGCGGUCGUGAUCCAGAAAACAUUCAGAGGCUACCUGGCUAGGAGAGCGCUUCGAGCUCUCCGGUCACUCGUCAAGAUCCAGGCGUUGGUACGGGGAUACCUGGUGAGGAAGCAGGCAGCCAUGACGCUGCACAGAUUGCAGACGCUCAUGCGGCUGCAAGCCGACUCCAUCGCCGUCAAGAAUGCUUCGUACCAGAAAUCCAUGGAACAAGAAGAGAGGAUCUUUGCUCGGGACGUGCAGAUGAAGCCGCUGGCGACGCCGGUGCACCGCCGGAUGCUGUCUGACAGCACGGACUCCAACUACGAGCGCAGCCCGCGGAUCGUGGAGAUGGACACUUGCCACCUCCGCUCCCGGUCCUCACGGAUCACCAGCAGGUAUAACCCGGAUCACUUACCGGAGUAUCACCGCCACGCGGCGCCGACGCCGUCGUGCUCGCCGCUUCCCGGCGGCAAGCAGCAGCAGCCCGCGCGGCUCUCGUUCCGGCGGAGUGCCCGCGAUGAGCGCGACCCCCGGGGCUCCAAGACUGCACAGAGCACGCCCCGGUUCGCCUCCCACGACUCAUCAUCGCCCGCCAAGAGCGUCGAGCACAGCCUGGCCAGCACGCCACGGCGGCGCGCCACGCAGCGGGACCGGGACGCGCUCGUCAGCCCGCGGUACAUGGCGGGAACCGCGUCCUCCGCGGCCAGGACGCGGUGGCACAGCGCGCCGAGGCAGUGGCAGACGAUGGACGCCGAGCAGGCGCCGAGGACGAGCGUCGUCAGCCGAGAUGGGGCGUCGAGGAGGUCGUCGUGCUCGCAUGCGCACGGCGGCGGGUUCUGCUUCCAGUGCUCGGACGUGACCCGGGGGUCAGGCUUCUCCGGGAUCAGCUUCGGCGACGAGGUGGCCAGAAACUACUACCUGGACAGCUUUUGGUGA